AUGCCGCCUCUGCCCAACAAACCCGAGCCCUUGCCGACGCCUCCUGGCUCUCCGUUGCCAUGGAACAGCAAACACGAGCCCUCCCUCCAGUGCAUGCCGCCAGAGAUUGUAAUGAAAAUCAUGGGGUUUGCGUACUCGAGGCUCGAGCUGAUCAACCUCGCGCUGAGUUCGUCGUACUUUUCCGCGGUACUGAAGAUGCACGAGGUUCCGAUCCUCAAGGAGAUGGCGCGCAAUUUACUUGGUCCUUCCAACUUGGACAUCUGCCUCUUGACCAUGGGGGUGCUCAAGGUCAUGGAGAGCGGAGAGGAUGUCUGGCAGUGUUUGUAUGCUCUCUCACAGCGCCCAACGGUGGACACGAUACGCGAUGUCAAGACGCUCCGUGACAUGGUGGACUUGACGGCGUACAUCAACACCAUGGUGACGAUAUACACGUAUCCACGGCAGCCAGAUCCCUUUUGGAGACACGCCUUGCGCAAGUACGCCAACCGAUGGCCCGACGGCUGCGUCCCUGACGGCGAGGUCUCCAUCGACCCGUCGACAAGAGAAGAGCUGCGACAGGUGGCUACGCGCCUCUGGAACGUGCGAGACGCUGCUCUAGGAUAUCACCACAGCUCGGCCCCCAGAAUAAAGCACUCCAAGGAGUUCAUGGCGCUGUACCAGCGAGAAAUGUUUAGCGCGGAGCUGAAGCUGCGGUGCGACCUGGUGUCGGAGCGAGGACUCGGCAUCCCCGAGUGGAUGAACGAAGAGACGCCCGGAGACGGAUGUUGGAACCGCGACGACGGCGAGGUGUGGACGGAGAUGAAUCAGUCGACUUGGAGCGAGGGCCGAGCUCUGGGCAUUCGGUUUUACAUUACCAUCGCGACAUACAUGCCAUACCAUACUCGACGGGAAGACAUUCAUAGACUCUGUGUUGCGAUACAGAGUCAGAUAACGCCUUACCGGUAUCCAGAGCUAUGCAGCGAGGACCCCAUUGAAUGGUUCUUUGGGUUUCGGGAGGCUGCGUGGGAAGGCUUGUGGGAGCACGCUUACGAAUAUUGCCGGCAACUUGACAGUGGGCUCGUGGAUGACAUUGGCGGAGGAACGGAUUACUUUUGA